CGCAUACAAAUAAAUCAAAAAGUGUCUAUUCAAAUGUGAUAACAAGAUUCUAACAGAAAACGUUCUUAAGCAGUUAAUUCAGUACUUGCCGCCCCACAGUCUAUUAGCAUUGUUGCAAGAGAAUAAGAGUUCGUACAAUCAGCUCUCAAAAGUGGAGCAGUUCUGCUUGAAGAUGUCGGAUUAUUUUGUCGCUUGCAAUCGCUGCAAUUCAGACAGAAUUAUACGGAUAUGACGAACGCCCUGAUGCUGUACAUAGGAGCCGCAACAGCUGCCUGCGAGGAAGUCAAGAGAAGCAAGAAGUUAGCCAAGCUGCUAGAACCCAUCUUGCUAUUCGGAAACUAUAUGAACACCGGCACAUCGAAAUCAGAAGCAUUCGGUUUCGAAAUUAGCUUUCCGAGGAACAUGCACAUUUAAUGUUCAGUAUUAGAAUAUAAAUCAGGUAUUUU